CCAAACUAGAAAUUUGACACCUAUUGUAUUGUAUUUUAAAUAUUCCCCAUUUUGAACUAUAUUUGAACCAAAAUGUGGGAACAGCUGGAGAGAUAUCGCAAUCACUUUUUGCAAAACGAGAUCAAGGACGUGCUGAAGCCCAGCUCCAUAAACAGCCACCAGAAUAAGGAGUGGGCAAAAGCCAUGGAGAAGCGUUAUAUUUGUAAGUGCGUUCCGUAUUGCUGCACUUCGACCUCCACACACCUGCAGAAUAGGGCCCAAUUGGCCUACGGUUGGUUUGCUCUUCCCAAACUGAUGAAGGAAUUGGACAGCGAUAUUCCCUUAACCCACUGGAAGGCAGUCGUGUCCUUGACAGAGUUCCUCUUAAACCCACUGAACGCCCAAAGAGCCAUCAAUGAAAAGGAUCUUGUGAGAAAGUUGAAAAAUGCCUUUAUGCGAAUGCGAUUGAAGCUUCACAAGGAGGAACACCAGGAGGUGGAAAUGUAUCUCAGGAUCUAUAAUAUACUCUCUCGUAAUUUGGAUGGAGCCGAGAAUAUUGCCAAACGCAAGUGUCUUAGGGAUGAGUUUUACAAAAUCAUUAAAAAUCAGGAGAUCAAUAAAGAUGGGCUGGCAUCAGAGAUACUACGGAAUUUGACAGGCAAACCAAAGGCUCUGGAAAUAUUUUUGGAGGAUCCUGAUAACUUUUUGGCCAUGGCUGAGAUUUUCCAUCAGGAUCCCUGCCGUCCGCACUAUCCACUCCAUUUGUGGCACCACCUGUGUCAUCUGCUGGAAGUUGCCCCCGAGCAGGGAAUCGAGUUGGGUUUCUUCGAGCUGCUCCACUCGAGGAUCCUGAAUCGCCUGUCCAACUUUUGGGACAUGGCCACCAAGGCGUUUGCCUUGCUGCUCCGCUGUGCAGAGGGUCAGCGGCGUUUCGAUGCGGUGGAUGGAGUGAAGCUCCUUUACGACGUCUUUGUCCAACCGGAUGAGAACCGCAGGCUGCUACUGCCCCUUCAGAAGGUGGAGAACUGGGAGUACACGGUCUUGGCCCUGGUCAAUGGCCUUCAUAGCAAACGGGCUCUGUGGCGCAGCAGGGAGUUCACCCAACUGCCCUGCUAUGUGGGUCGUCUGAUGCAAUCCACGGAGGACAAUCCUCGCCUGCAACUCUAUUGCCUGAAGGCGUUCCGCGAACUGGGAGUGAUGCCCUGCAUCAAGCGCUACAUCAUUGCCAACUGGUUGGAGGACAUCUGCAAGCUGUUCUGCCUGGAUGCGGAGGCCGAGUGUGCCAGGGAUUCGCUGGUCGAUUGGCUGCGUCGGGAUAUAGCCGAUAGCAGCUAGAAACACACAAAUACUCGUUUCCGCUUUCUUCAGUAUUUCAUUUUAUUUGAGUCCUUUGUUGGUUGCCAAGAAACAUAGCAUUUCCCCGCUUUCAAACCGCUUAGAUAAAUCCCAACCGUUUCGAGCUACCCCUGAUGUCCCAAAGAGAAACCGGUUAACAGAGGGGUAUUAUUUUUAACUGCCGAGAGAGCUUAAAUGAGAGUUCUCAGCGGCUGUCAGCUGUUUGCUUCCGUUGCAAAAUAAAACAAAUUGUGGUAAAUAUUUAACACCUCUUAAAUCUAAGGAUUACACUUCCAAAUUCGCUUUAUUGCUGGCAAUAAAAUGUAAUAAAAAUAAAAUACACUUCCUGUGGC